AAUUUUAAGCAAGGCAAUUGAAUCUAAAGUUAUGGUUUAAUACAGUGCGCAUCAAUCCUACAGCAGCAGUGUGCCCAUAAAAUUUAUAUGUUUUCAAAAUGGAGUUGCAACGCUGUAUUCGAAUUUUACAAGCAGUUUUGCGAACGCACUUAAUUUCGAAAUUAAAUUUCGAAUAUACAAAUUAACGGGCAACAAAUUUUAUAGCGUCUUGUUAGAAUCAUUGAAAGUUGUUUUGUACAGUAGAGAGUGUCUUGGGUUUAUGUCAUUAAUUAUAAAUAGCAAUGGAAUCAAAACUACCAAAACCUUCUGGACUUAAACGUCCCUUGCAAAUUUCUAGAAUACCGACAGAUAGAAUCAAAACCAACACGUUUGGAACAGUUAAAACUAUACAAAAUUCUACAUUGCCGCCAAAUAACUAUCAGCCACUUUCCAGAGAUUUAUCAAAUAUACCAAGUAAUUUUACAAAAAGAGAUCGUGGCGUUUCACCUGAAUUUUUAAGAAAACCAACAACUGAAAACCGAGCAAAGUUACGUCGUAGCAAAUCUGCUUGUGAUUUACGAGAAAUGAAUUUUUUAAAACGUAAUGAUGUGGCACUCGGUUCAAUAGCAGCAAAGUCUUCUCGUCUAGCGAAUAUAAAUGCAAAUGCAGCAGUAGGGGGUACACAAGUUAUAACUCGUCCAGCACGUAUGAAUACUUUUAACGCAACAAGUACAGCUUCAAUUAAGAAAUCCACAUCAAAUCCUACUUCUGCAAUACAUAAAACAACAAAACGUGCUGCAAGUGCUCCGGUUUCAAAUGUAGUCUCAAAAAAGCCAACGCCAGCAGGUUCGUCAGUGACUUCUGUCUCAACCACAGGACCUGGCAAAACGAUAAACAAACGUAUUCCUGCCUAUGACUAUAAAGCACGAUACAAUGACUUAUUGGAAAAAUAUAAAGUGCUUAAACAAAACCAUGAAGAAAAAUGUGAACUAAUGGGUGAAAUGGAAACUCUACCUGAACAGUUAGAGGAAUCACAAGCUCAGUUAUAUGAAACGAAAGAACAAUUAAAAAACGCACAAACUGAUAUACAAUGUCUGGAACGACAAGUAAAGUCACAAGCAAUGAAAAUUGAAACGCUGUCAAACAGUCUGGUUAAAACCAAAGAGCAACUACAAAAUUUAGAGAAGGAACACACAAGAAUUUCCAAAGAGCAUAGUGCUUUGUCUACGGAAGUGGUGGAAUUGCGGGAAACUAAAAAUAAUCUCACAAUUACCGUUACAGAGUUAACGGAAGAAUCGCGAGUCAGCAAAGAGCAAUUAUUUCGUUCCAACAUGGAACGUAAAGAGCUGCAUAAUAUGGUUAUGGACUUACGAGGGAAUAUACGAGUAUUCUGUCGUGUACGUCCAUCUCUGCCAUGUGAAGAGGAUAAAAUGUUAUGUGGCUGGAAUUAUCUAGAUGAAGCUACUUUGGAAAUCUAUAGUCAAAACGAUGCAGCCACUAAAGGUAAAGUUAGUCACACUUUUGGAUUUGACCAAGUAUUUCAUCCCUGUUCCAGACAAUCUGAAAUAUUUGAAAUGGUAUCACCGCUCAUACAAUCAGCACUUGACGGAUAUAAUAUCUGUAUUUUUGCUUAUGGUCAGACAGGCAGCGGGAAGACUUACACCAUGGAUGGUGUGCAAUCUAAUCCAGGCGUUAUACCACGUACUGUAGAUUUGUUAUUUGAAUCAAUAAAGAAUUACAAGCGGCUUGGAUGGAAAUACGAAAUAAAAGUAACAUUUCUAGAGAUUUAUAAUGAAGUUUUAUAUGAUCUUCUUAGUAACGAGCAAAAGGAGAUGGAAAUUCGUAUGGCCACAAAUAAUAAAUAUGACAUAUAUGUAUCCAAUAUUACAGAGGAAACUGUGACUACAGCAUCUCGUUUGCGCGAACUUAUGAAUUUGGCCAAAAUGAAUCGUGCUACCGCAUCUACAGUCGGUAACGAAAGAUCAUCACGUUCGCAUGCGGUAACCAAAAUUGAAUUAACCGGUAUUCAUGAGGAUAAUAAUGAAAUGUCGGUUGGUACGAUAAAUUUAGUUGACUUGGCUGGUUCAGAAUCGCCUAAAACAAGCACACGUAUGACUGAGACUAAGAAUAUAAAUCGAUCGCUCUCAGAAUUGACUAACGUUAUACUAGCGUUGCUUCAAAAACAAGAUCAUAUCCCUUACAGAAACUCAAAACUUACACAUUUACUAAUGCCUUCGUUAGGUGGAAACUCUAAAACUUUAAUGUUCAUCAAUGUAGCUCCUUUCCAAGAUUGUUUUGUGGAAUCACUCAAAUCACUACGAUUUGCAGCCUCAGUGAAUUCGUGUAAAAUGACAAAGGCUAAACGGAAUCGUGUUUUAAAUUCUUCUACAAAUAAUAUUAUGAAUAGCUUAAAUUAAUCAACAAUUUGUAAAGUAGUUAGACGUUUUAUUUUAUUUUUAGUUAUUUGAAUUUAUUUUAAUUGUUAAAAAAUUUGAUUUUUAAAAACAAAAUUUAGUUCUUUAUUUUUUCUAAAGUAUUAUAGCCGAAUCCAAAUUUUUAUACUUAAAAACUAAACAAUAUAAAUAAAAAAAAAUAUACUA